ACGGACCAAGGCGCAGUCAAACUCUACCCUGUUCUACUAAGAACCUUUGAUGAGAAUGUUGGCAAGGUAGUGUGUGAACUUCUGUCACUCAGAGAAUGUUCUGAAAGGUCCACCGGUGAGAAUAUUUUCAAAAUAAUGGACAGUGAACUGAAAAACUGGGGCAUUUCGUGGAAAGAUUGUGUAAGUUUCGGAACUGACAAUGCAUCGGUAAUGCUCGGAAAACACAAAGGAGUGGCAGCAUACAUUAACAAGGAAAAUCCCAAUGUGUACAUUUCUGGUUGUUCUUGUCACCUCAUGCAUUUGUCUGCGAAGAAAGGUGGAAAGAGUCUUCAGUUUCAGUUUGAUGAUCUUCUCAUUGACAUCUGGUACUACAUGGACAAGAGCAGCCUACGGCACCAGGAAAUCAUAAAGCUUCAAGCACAGCAUGGCAUUGAAAUCAGGAAAAUUCUAAAGCAUGUACCGACACGGUGGCUCUCUCUUGGAACAGCUCUUCAAAGGCUUCUUGAGAAUUGGCAGCCCUUGACGGAGUUCUUCAAAGCUCAAGCAAGUACAGGUACAACAAAAGUAGCCAAAGUCGGCAAGAAAAGGGAAUUAUCACCUUCAGCUUCUACCAGAAAUCCAAAGAAGCUGAGAACUUGUGAUGAUACCAAGGUGAAGGGCAAUACCACUUCAGAGAUGCCCACCACGAGUAGCUCUUCAAGCAAAACAGCACAGAUCAAGCCCGCAAGCUCUAGAAAGGGUGGAACUCCAUGUACACAGACUAAGACUACCACUACCUCAUCUACAAGUGGCAGAACAGCACAGAUCAAGCCCGCAAGCUUUAGAAAGGGUGGAACUCCAUGUACACAGACUAAGACUACCACUACCUCAUCUACAAGUGGCAGAACAGCACAAAUCAAGCCUGCAAGCUCUACAAAGGGUGAAGCUACACAGACUUCCACGCCAAGUGCAAGCAGCAAAAAUGUUCACCAAGGUAGCAACUCUGGACAGACUAAUACUACAUCUAGUGCAGCUCACAGACAAUGUGAUCUUAGCAAAUAUUUCUUCAGUCAGCAAGAAUUAAGUAAAAAACACUCACAAACGCCAAAGCUACAUGGAGGUAAAGUCAAAGCUAACAAGGGACAGUCGAGUGCUUCAUCAAGCUCGAGUAAGAAAGCCAAGGAGCCUCUGAAGAAAAACAAACCUACUCUUGUGUAUGAACAGUUGAUUGACCCCAAUUGUAAGCUGGAAGCUCUAUUCCUGAAAGCAUGUUUGCCCAUCUUUGAAGAAACCAAUGAGAUAUUUACAACUUUUGGGGAAAGCUGAUGGAUUUGAUUGCAGUAAGAAUGUGGAGUUCAAUUUGAUGAGUAAUAUUUGUAUGAUUAUUAUUCUGUUUUAAAUGAAAAUAUUUGUACAUUCAUGUUUUUGGUUAAUUAAUUCAUUUUCAAUUUCUUCUGCAGAGUAUUAUUUGUUUGCAUUGAAUGUGAUUAGUGACUAUAAUGUUUUCAGUUGUAAUUGUUGAUUCAGAAUCACUGAUGUCAUUAAAACAUGAAUUUGAUUAAUGAUUAGAAUUUAAUACUUCAAAUUUGAUUAUUGAUAGGAAUGUUUUCAGUUGUAAUCAAUCAUUGAUUUGGAAUCCCUGUUACAGAAAUAUGAAUGUACUAUAAAAAUUUAACAUUGAAUUUGAUUAUUGUCAAGAAUGUAUUCAGUUGUAAUUGCCUAUGUGGAGUCACUGAUGUCAUUAAAAUAUCAAUAUAUCUGAUUGCGUAAUACAAAUGUUUAUUUGGCUCUAUGA